CGCGACGUUACGCUCGCGGAGUCAGCGCGGGGGGCGGGGCUGCGGCCGAGGAGGCGCGUCCCAACGGUUCGCGCGGCUCUUCGAACUCGCUUGGGUUCGCUCGUUCUCCUUUUGGUGUGUUUGAGGCUUCCACGCCGUGGCCCGGGAGAGGGUCCGAGGCCUCCGAGCGCAGACGUGUCGCGCGGCCCUGCGGUGGGCCUGUCCCCAGCUGCGACUUGGGUGGGGACUAGAGAUGCUGACUAGAUAAAGCAGGAUGGAAACCUGAUCAUUGAAUUUUGUUGGGGAAGUUUGAACAGAAACAUUUGUGGAAACAAAGAGGAAAGAGGAUAAAAACAGUUUGUCUGCUAAGAUUACAGAGAAUAUUUAAUUUCCUGCCCCAACUUUUUCCAAUAAGAUUUCACAACAUUCGAAAUAGAAAAAUAAUGAAUUAAAUUCCAUUACUGUGAGAACCUUUUGACUGACACCACGGAAUCUUUCAGGCAAGGUACAAGAAUUUUUUUUUUUUAAGAAAUGGCAUCUAGUUCAUCAGACUACUGUAAUAAAGACAAUGAAGAAGAAAGUUUGCUUGCAAAUGUUGCUUCCUUAAGACAUGAACUGAAGAUAACAGAAUGGAGUUUGCAGAAUUUAGGGGAAGAAUUAUCCAGUGUUAGUCCAAGUGAAAAUUCUGAUUAUACCUCUAAUCCCUCAAGGACCGAAAGGCUCAUUUUGGAAGAUCUUGUUCAGCCUAGCCACCCAGGACUUUCGAACUACUCAUCUUAUAAAAAACUUUGUAAAAUGUCUGGUAGUAGUACUGAAUUUCAAAAAAGUGCAAGAGAUAAGAUGUCUUUUUCAUCUCCUGUGGAUCAAGAAAUUAAAAGUCUUCGAGAGAAACUUAAUAAACUUAGGCAACAAAAUGCUUGUUUGGUCACACAGAAUCAUUCUUUAAUGACUAAAAUAGAAUCAAUCCAUUUUGAAUUAACACAGUCAAAAGCAAAAGUAUUCUUUUUAAUGUUAAAUUUAUUUUGUAGAGAGGCAGAAGAUAAAUUAGAGCAGAGCCAGAAAAUGGUGAUUGAAAAGGAACACAGUUUGCAAGAGUCCAAAGAGGAAUGUAUAAAGUUGAAGGUAGACUUACUUGAACAAAGUAAACAAGGAAAAAGAUGGAUGCAAGUCAAGGACACUCUGAGAGACAAGGCAAGAGUUACUGAAGAUGAUGGAUAUACUGAAGAAGAAAUAUUAGAAAAAAAUCUAGUUAACUGUGAAAAAGAAAAUAAAAGGCUACAAGAAAAGUGUGGUCUAUAUAAAAGUGAACUUGAAAUUCUGAAGGAAAAAUUAAGGCAAUUAAAAGAAGAAAAUAACAAUGGAAAAGAAAAAUUAAGAAUCAUGGCAGUGAAGAAUUCAGAAGUCAUGGCACAAUUAACUGAAUCUAGACAAAGUGUUCUGAAGCUAGAAAGUGAGUUAGAAGACAAAGAAGAAAUACUGAGAGAAAAAUUUUCUCUGAUGAAUGAAAACCGAGAAUUAAAGGUUCGUGUUGCAGCACAGAAUGAGAGACUAGAUUUAUGUCAGCAGGAAAUUGAAAGUUCAAGGGUAGAACUGAGAAGCUUGGGAAAAAUGAUAUCCCAUUUGCCAGUAAGUAUGUGUGAAAAGAAAUGUACUGUACUUGUUGUAUCAUGGAAAAGAAAAAUUUUACUCAAGUGUUUUAUGAGAGAACAUCAUUUUGGAGUUGCUUUAUUAGCUUUUAGUUUUGUUCUUACUUGUUUGUACUUUGGCACCAAUUUCUUUUCUAUUUAUGCUCUUGAAAAUUCAGUUUUAUCCAGAAAAUUUUUCCUUUUGUGUUUAUCAACAGAAAUUAUAAAAGACCGUAAUCAACAGACUAUGAACAAGCAAUAUGAAAGAGAGAGGCAAAGACUUGCUACUGGAAUAGAAGAAUUACGUACUAAGCUGAUGCAAAUAGAAGCUGAGAAUUCUGAUCUGAAGGUUAACAUGGCUCACAGAACUAGUCAAUUUCAACUGAUUCAAGAGGAGCUUCUAGAGAAAGCUUCAAACUCUACCAAACUAGAAAGUGAAAUGACAAAGAAAUGCUCUCAGCUUUUAACUCUAGAGAAACAGUUAGAAGAAAAAAUAGUUGCUUAUUCAUCAGCUGCUGCAAAAAAUGCAGAACUUGAACAGGAACUUAUGGUUAGACAACUAGAUUCAGCAUUAGAAAUUUGUAAGGAAGAGCUUGCCUUGCAUUUGAAUCAAUUGGAAGGAAAUAAGGAAAAGUUUGAAAAACAGCUGAAGAAGAAAUCUGAAGAGGUAUACUGUUUGCAGAAAGAGCUAAAGAUAAAAAAUCACAGUCUUCAAGAGACCACUGAACAAAAUGUUAUUCUACAGCAUACUCUUCAGCAACAGCAGCAAAUGUUACAGCAAGAGACAAUUAGAAAUGGAGAGCUAGAAGAUAUUCAGACUAAACUUGAAAAACAGGUAUCAAAGCUGGAACAAGAACUUCAAAAACAAAGAGAAAGUUCAGCUGAAAAGUUGAGAAAAAUGGAGGAAAAAUGUGAAACAGCUGCUCAUGAUGCAGAUUUGAAAAGGCAGAAAGUUAUUGAGCUUACUGGUACUUCCAGGCAAGUAAAGCUUGAGAUGGAUCAGUACAAAGAAGAACUGUCUAAAAUGGAAAAAGAAAUAAUGCACCUAAAACGAGAUGGAGAAAAUAAAGCCAUACAUCUCUCUCAAUUAGAUAUGAUCUUAGAUCAGACAAAGAUAGAACUAGAAAGGAAAACAAGUGCUGUGAAGGAGUUAGAGAAGUUACAACAUCACACGGAAACUGAACUAACAGAAACUUUGCAGAAACGGGAAGCACUGGAGACUGAACUACACAAUGCUCACGGAGAAUUAAAAAGUACUUUAAGACAACUGCAGGAAUUGAGAGAUGUACUACAGAAAGCUCAGUUAUCGUUGGAGGAAAAAUAUACUACCAUAAAGGAUCUCACAGCGGAACUUGUUACCCAUUUGGAUAUGACUAUUCGAGAACACAGAGGAGAAAUGGAACAAAAAAUAAUUAAAUUAGAGGGUAAUCUGCAGAAAUCGGAAUUGGAACUUAAAGAUUGCAACAAACAGUGUGCUUUUCAGGUUAUGAAAGAUCAGGAACAGUAUAUUGCUACUCAGUACAAGGAGAGCAUAGAUUUGGGGCAAGAAUUGAGGCUGACUAAGGAGCAGAAGCAAACCUCUCAAACAGAAUUGGUGGAGGCUCGUCGUCAACAAGUCCAAGCACAGAGAGAAAUAGAAAGGCUCUCCAGUGAACUAGAAGAUAUAAAGCAAAUCUCUAAAGAGAAAGAAGCACAUGAAAUUCACUUAGUUGAAGAAUUGGGGGCUUCUCAAGUACGUGAAGCUCAUUUAGAAGCAAGAAUGCAAGCAGAAAUCAAGAAAUUGUCAGCAGAAGUAGAAUCCCUCAAAGAAGCUUAUCAUUUGGAGAUGAUUUCACAUCAGGAGAACCAUACAAAGUGGAAAAUAUCUGCUGACUCUCAAAAGACUUCUGUUCAGCAGCUAAAUGAACAAUUAGAGAAGGCAAAACUGGAAUUAGAAGAAGCUCAGGACACUGUGAGCAAUUUACAUCAACAAGUUCAAGAUAGGAAUGAAGUAAUUGAAGCUGCAAAUGAAGCAUUACUUAUUAAAGAAUCAGAAUUAACCAGAUUACAAGCUAGAGUUUCUGGACAUGAAAAGGCAGAAGACAUCAAGUUUCUACCAGCUCCCUUUACACCUCUACCAGAAAUUAUGCCUGAUAGUCAAGAUCCAAAGUUUACUAAACAUUCUCACACAUCUGUUUUCAAGUGCAGAAAACUACGUCGCUCUAUUAGUGCCAGUGAUCUUAGUUUCAAAUCUCAUGGUAAUGAAGAUCUUUCUGAAGAAUUACUACAGGACUUAAAGAAAAUGCAAUUAGAACAGCCUUCAACAUUAGAAGAAAGCCAUAAGGAACUGACUUAUACCCAGUCAGACUCAUUUAAAUCUCACACAUAUACCAUAGAGGAUGAUAGUUCUGAGAGUAAUGAUUUUACUACUCUUAGUGGAAUGCUGAGAUACAUAAACAAAGAAGUGAGACUAUUAAAAAAAUCUUCUAUGCAAACAGGUGCUGGUUUAACUCAGGGAGAAAACUUGUAAUUAAAAGAAGAUGUCGUGAUGAAAAAAGUGGAAUUGUUGAGCUGGAAUUGCCUGCAACCAAACUUCAACCAUGUGGAUGAGGAAAACACCAUAGGCGAAAAACAAAAUAAAAGGAACGUGGGUGCCUAAGUGACCUGGAAUUUGCUCCUCGGACUACUACAUAAGUGACAAAUAAACUUCUUUUUUAAGCCACUCAA